AGCUGAAGUCAUAUGUGAAGGGCAAGAAACUUUGGACGCGUACAAGACGGUGCGUUUUAGCGUUUUAGUGUAAACCACCCAACCAGUCUGUCUUCCGCAGCACGUUGGUUUUCUGCACCGUUACCGAUUAACGGUCAUGCUAAGAUUUCCCGCCAUUUUUCAAAGCCUCAGAGCCUCACAGUUUCCACUUUCACUCUCCCUUUCACGCUCCAAUUUACACAAAAGUUUUCCGAAACUCUCCGAAUGCUUGGUGGGUUUGAUGAAUUACACCAAAUUGACCGCCCCAUCUUACAAAUCACUGCUUUCUGAUCACCUAAAGAACCAAAAUCUAGACCAAGCUCGCCGAGUUUUCAAUGAAAUCCCUUUUCCCAGCGUUGAUUUGUACACCGUGAUGAUCACGGGGUAUGCGCGAAUGCGCAGGCUCGACAAUGCCCUCAAACUGUUCUACGAAAUGCCUGAGAAGGAUGCAGUCUCUUGGAAUUCGAUGAUCAAAGGGUGUUUGGAUUGUGGGGAUUUGAGCAAGGCUAAGGAGCUUUUUGAUGGAAUGCCUGGAAAGAGUGUUGUUUCGUGGACGACGAUUAUGAAUGGAUUCUUGCAGUUUGGUGAUGUUGAGAUGGCAGAGCGGUUGUUUCGCGAGAUGCCUGUGAGGGAUGUGGCGGUUUGGAAUUCGAUGAUUCAUGGAUACUUCAGUAAUGGAAGAGUGGAAGAUGCUAAGAAGUUGUUUGGAGUGAUGCAUUGUAAGAAUGUGAUUUCGUGGACUUCGAUGAUUGGGGGGCUUGACAGAAUUGGGAGGACGGAUGAAGCUUUGCAAUUUUUUCGAGAGAUGAUGGGUUCUGGUGUGCAACCCACUUUGACAACACUUGUGUGUGUGGUGACAGCUUCUGCAAAUUUGUUGCGUUUAGAUUUAGGUGUUCAGAUUCAUGGUCAGAUUGUCAAGUUAGGGUACUGCUUCGACGAGUAUGUAGCUGCUUCAUUUAUAACACUCUAUGCAAACUGCAAGCAAAUGGAGAAUUCGUACAACGUUUUCAACGAGAGCUUGCAUAAGAAUGUUGUAGUAUGGACGGCUCUUUUGACAGGAUGUGGUUUGAACUGUCAACACGAAGAUGCGUUGAGGGUUUUCAGGAACAUGCUGAAAUCGGGCGUCCUUCCUAAUCAGUCUUCUUUCACUAGUGCUUUGAAUUCGUGUUGCGGAUUAGCAGAUCUUGAUCGGGGCAAGGAGAUUCAAACAUCAGCGGUUAAGCUAGGUUUUGAAACUGAUGUCUUUGUCGGUAAUUCACUCAUCGUCUUGUAUACAAAAUGUGGAAGCAUAAAUGAUGGAGUUGUUAUAUUUAAGAGAAUCGGUGAUAAGAACAUUGUGUCAUGGAACUCAACCAUAGUCGGAUGUGCGCAACACGGUUGUGGCAUGUGGGCUUUGACACUCUUUAACCAAAUGAUACGUGCUGGAGUAGAGCCAGAUGAAAUCACAUUCACGGGGCUCCUUUCUGCGUGCAGCCAUUCCGGGAUGUUACAGAAAGCAAGACGCUUUUUCGAAUACUUCUCGCAGCGGAAGUCUGUCGAGGUGAAACUUGAGCACUACGCAUGUAUGGUGGAUGUCUUAGCUCGAUGCGGUGAGUUGGAAGAAGCAGAGGAGCUGAUUAAGAACAUGCCCGUGCAAGCGAACAAGACGGUAUGGCUAACUUUACUUGGCGCUUGCACGAUGCAUUGCAAUUUCGACGUGGCUGAAAGAGCUGCAAAACGCAUUGAAGAUCUUGACCCGCAUUGCAGUGCUGCUUAUGUUUUACUGUCAAAUUUAUAUGCUUCUGCAAAUAGAUGGAGCGACGUCUCGAGAAUUCGAGAGAAGAUGAAACAGACGAGAACUGUAAAACAACCUGGUUACAGUUGGGUUACUAGUGAGCAAAUUUAUCAGAAACUGGGUUGGUUAGAAGGAAGAUCGAAGGAAGUUGGUUACAUUUUCGAUCAAAGAUUUGCCUUUUGCAUGAUACUGAGGCUGAAAAAGAAGUCUUUUUAGCCAAAAUGAUCUCUGAGAUACAUAAUUUCUCAUUUUUGGUCCUUGAAUUUGUCCAUCAUCAAUUAUUUAAGUCGUUCCGUGAAAAAAAUUGGAUAAUGACCAAAAUGAUAAAAAUACAAUCAAUUAAAUAAACAAUGGGUCAAAAUGAGUUGACAAAAAUUGAGGGUGUUUUUGUUACUUUUAACUUUAUUCAAUGGAGAAAUAAAGAAAUGGAACAAUCGGAGGGGCCAAAGAAAAAAAGGAGAAAUA